CCAAAAACUUUUUCAGAAACUUUAAAGAAAUUUUAAAUCAAUUUUCUGGAAAUAUUUUUACUCUAAUUACCGGAUCUAAUCUGAAAACUUAAAAUAAACAUUUUUUACGAAGUUGGUUACUAUGUCCAGAAAUUCUCGUAACAUGUCUGAUCUUGAAUUUCUUAGCUGGCAACAAUAUACGAAAGAAUCCCUGGAGUUUUUGAAAAUAUCCGAAAGCUUGCAAGAUACGUGGAGUUGGGAAAUUAAGGGUUCCAGCGAAGGGCAAGCUUUUCUUAAAUAUGCGCAGAAAAUCCGAGAUCCUUCCAGCAAUGAUUUAUUGCAUUUGGAAUACCAUGUUGUGUAUAGCGUAACAUAUCAGGUUCCUGUUUUGUAUUUGCAAGUUCAUCACGAUGAUGGUAAGAUAAUAAGCCUGGAAAAAGCGUGGGAUAUUUUUCAAGCAGCUCGAGGUGAUGAAACGCGGUACACCCGUCAGCGAAUGUUAAACAUUUUAACACAAAUGGAGCAUCCGGUCCUAUUUAAGCCGUGUUUAUGUUUACAUCCCUGUCGUACGGCUGAGCUAUUGGCAAAAACAAAGAGUUCGAAUCGUAUCAUAACAUUUAUUAGCCUAAUGGGUCCUUAUGUUCAACUAAAAUUGCCUCCGGCUUAUUGUCUUGUGAUCGAGAAAUAAAAGUCUAGAAUUUCUUAAAUAAACUGCUCUGCUUUAUUUGUAGAUAUUAUAAUCUAUGAGAAAAACAAAAUCAACAGAAUUUUUUCUAUAUAUUUUUUUACUAAAUUUUAAUUUGAUUUUUUAUCGCCUAUAUUGUAUACUUGUAGAUUUAUUACGAUGUUUAUUGAUUUCAUUUAUGAGAACCCCUAUAGCUAAUUAUUUAACGAUAUGGUUGUACUACUAUUUGUAAGUUACUACAUAUAUGCAUAAUUAAAUUAAUUCUAGUAAAUGUUUGUUUAUUUUCAAAUAAUCUAUGACUAAACGCUAGAGAAUAUCUCUUAUCUGUAUAUAUAUAUAUAUAUAUAUUUUUUUUUUUUUUUCAUUUUUUCAUUAUUAUUUCAUUAUAAUUAAUGUUAACUCCUACUGUGGUUUGAUAUUUCACGACACUUUUUUUUUAUUAGUUGGUUAUGUCAUGAAAUAUAUUUUCUUAAAAGUUGCAAACAAA